GGGACUCCCUAAAGUAUAUGAUUUGGGCAGGAAGAGGAUUGUGAUAUGCUGGACUGCAGUCCCUUGUCACGGUACAAUGCUUUGCCUUUAAUUAAUUAAAAUUAAAUAAUGUGUUUUUAAUACGGGACAAUUUUGGUAUCACGUGAUGCGAAAUGCGUCUCUUUCCUGGAUUCGGUGCAGUCACACUGCUGUUUUCCUUCACUUUACUUGCAACUGAUUCUUUGAAUUUUGAAGACCCGUAUGUGGAGGUCGUUCCAGAACGUUGGAAUUUCGCCGGCAUUUCCUUCGGCGGGUGGCCGCCACUUCCAGAAGCAGUUCAGCAAAAUAUCACUCAAGUGAUUCGAGGCUAUUUCAAUAGUGUGUCUGGUGUGUGGCUGUAUUGCAAUCGUCACAUCUAUUUUGUAUGGCAGAAAUUGCCUACUGGAAGUUCAUCAUUUGGUCAGAAUCUCUUGCAGUUUCUCGACUUAAAUGAGAUACUGCCAUUUGAUGUGGUCAACUCUUUGACCGUUGAAGGAACUCGAAUAGUCUCUGAUACGGAUGGCUCUCUUGCUUGUGUGGCAACUCCUGGUCACGUGUACGUCAUCGAUUGUCGAGAUGCAGCAUCUUGUCGUGUCAAGAAUGCGUUUGAGCCACCGUCGGAGACGUUUGGAAACAUAAAGGCAGUUGUUAUUUCUUAUUCUGAUAAACGUUUAUGGGUGGGGUCGUCACAUGGAUUGUGGACGAUUAAUGUGAUGCUAGAGUCAGUUGAAUAUGUCAGAUCACAACUUGUCACUUCACUAACUUGGAGGUCGGCCUCAUUACAACAUGAGCAAUUUUUUAGUUGUAAUAAUGGGGCGCCGCUGGUACCUGUAGGACAAGACGGAAACGGUAGAAAUGAGAUGGAAUUUGGAGUACUUGCUGUUGGAGGUGGUGACCAUCUAGCUUUCUACGAUGGCCACAAGUGGUGGCAAGAGUGGGUAUCAAGAUGGGGAGCAGGCGUUGGAGGUGUAGUUGAUGGUCCCGUCUCAGCAAUGACAUUCGAUCUAUACGGACGACUCUGGAUAGGCAACAAUAUCUCAUUAAGUCUUUUGAAUCUUGACUACACGUUUGAUCGUAUUGGCCCUCGCCAGGGACUCCCAUAUGGAAACAUUACAUCCAUCCUGUUUGUUCCUGGUGAUGAAACUGAUGGUGGGAUUCUUACUGAUCGUUUAUGGUUAGGUACGACGAAGGGGGCAGCAGUGAUGGACAUCGUUUCAUGGACAUUUUCUUACUAUUAUGGGCCUCGUUGGCAUUCAGGAGAUUCUGUAACUGCUAUGGGCUGGUUGGGAGAGAAUGUUACUGUUAUGGCAGUGAGUGGGGGGCUGACAGCAUUCAGGCCCGAGGUCUGGACUUUGAGUGAAAAGGCAGAGCACUACGAGGCAAUGAUUGACAGACACACUCGUGAGCCUGGAUUGGUGGCUGACUGCAGUGUGACGAAUUUCGUGUCUAAUUCAUGCGUUCCUCACACGACUGACAAUGAUGGCCUGUGGACAUCCAUAGUGCUUGCAUCUGAGCUGUUCCGAUAUCACAUAACUCGUUCUCUAGAUGCUCACAAAAAGAUUAUCAGACAAUUUGCUGGCAUGCGGUUUCUUAAUGAAGUGACGGGCAUUUGUGGACUGAUGGCACGGUCGGUAGUGAGAGACAAUGUUGUGGUAUCGGGUGGCAUUUGGUACAACUCGACGACCAAACGUGGAUGGAAAUGGAAAGCAGACACGAGCUCCGAUGAGGUUGUCGGUCACAUGUUUGUCUUACCACUCGUUUACGAUCUUCUUCAAAACGAUUCUAACACUGAAAGUCGUGAUGCUCAGUCUCUCGUCAAUGCAAUUGUCGGCUACAUUGUAACGAAUGGAUUUCAAUUGAUCGACAAGUCCGGGAAGCACACACACUGGGGUGUCUGGUCGCCCAUUGAGCUGAAUACCGAGUCUCAUUGGGCUGACGAACGUGGUCUCAAUUCGCUACAGAUAUUGUCGUAUCUUCUGUCGGCAUACCGAAUGACCGGCAAUGUGACUUUUGUGAAUGCGUGGCAAAUGUUGUAUAACGGAAUGUAUCGUGGAGUACCGACAGAAUACGGUCGAAAUAUGAUAAAUCAGAAAGUAACAUUUCCUCUUGAUGACAACUACAGCGAUGACGAGCUUGCAUUCCUGCCGUAUUUUACAUAUUUUUACAGUCUGAAGCAUCUAGAAAUGGAAGACAUUUUGUCUAACUGGCGUGUAUUGGAAAUUUCUCGGGAUGCAAAAAUUAGCUUGGAGAGAGCAUGGAAGGUGGUGGUCAAUGAAGGCAGUAGUCUGUGGACAGCCAUAUACUUGUAUUCAACAGGGUUGAGUGAUCGGCAAAGUAUGGAACGAAUUGUUAGGAAUCUUAGAGACUGGCCUCUUGAGCUGAUCCAGUGGCGAGUCGAGAAUUCUCAUCGAUUGGAUAUCUCGUUUAAUCGUGAACCAGACAGAAACAGAAAUUACAACACACAGUCGGACAAAAUCCUUCCAGCCAAUGAGCGUUGUCAGUAUCGCUGGAAUGCCAAUCCAUUUCAAUUAGACGAUGGCGGAUCUAGCAUAGAAUACGAUCCAGGUGCAUGGCUCUUACCAUACUGGAUGACCAGGUGGCUUAGUGACAUACAACAACAUCAGCGAUCAGGCUAAUGGGUACUACUGUACAUGACAUUGUAUACUCACAUAUCACGUUUGUUGCAAGUGCAUCCUUCCUUGUAGUGAGGAGAUCACAGACAAUUGCCCAAUAAAUGCGAAGACGACACACAAAGUGAAUAAACACAACUCCCUAAUUCUUGUCUAGAAUGACUGCUAACUGCCGGUAAUUAAUAUCUAUAGUUAUUAAGAUACCACAAUAUACUAAAAUAGGAUCCUCUCUUCCUAAAAAAUAACGUAGUAAUAAA